UAUGAAUAUUGUUUGUGAGGUAUGUUGAGGUGUUGCUCAGUAGGAGAGAGCGGCUUUGACUUUGGACAGCAGAAGAGGAGAGAAGAGGAAGAACGCUCGUGCUGUUCUGUGCAGUCUGUGAUCAUGAAGAGCUCCAAAGAGGCCGUGCAGUCUGCAGCCAAAGAGUUUCUACAGUUUGUCAACAGAGGAGUGUCUCCAUUUCACGUGGUUGAAGAAUGCAAGCGCCGCCUGUUGGCUGCAGGCUUCAUUGAGCUGAAGGAGUCAGAGAAGUGGGACAUCGAACCAUCCAGGAAGUACUUUGUGACCAGGAACUUCUCCAGCCUCAUCGCCUUUGCUGUGGGUGGACAGUACCUUCCAGGAAAUGGCUUCUCCAUGAUCGGUGCCCACACAGACAGCCCCUGCCUGAGGGUGAAGCCGAGGUCUAAGAAGACAAAACAGGGAUGUCUGCAGGUUGGGGUGGAGUGCUACGGCGGCGGCAUCUGGAACACCUGGUUUGAUAGAGACCUGACUGUAGCAGGACGCGUAAUGGUCAAGAGUGACGGCAGGCUGCUUCAGAAGCUGGUUCAUGUGUCCAGGCCUCUGCUCAGGAUUCCUCACCUGGCCAUCCACCUGCAGAGGGACGUCAAUGACUCCUUUGGCCCCAACAAGGAGAACCACCUCGUGCCCAUCAUCGCCACAGCCGUCCAAGAGGAGCUGGAGACAGGCUCUGCAUCCAGCGGAGACGCCUCCUGUGCCACUACCACGGCGGAGAAACACCACCCAGCGCUGGUGAAGGUGCUGUGUUCAGAGCUUGGCGUCCAGCCUGAAGCUCUGCUGGACUUCGAGCUGUGUUUGGCCGACACUCAGCCCGGGGCACUGGGAGGCGUGUAUGAAGAGUUCAUUUACUCUCCUCGUCUGGAUAACCUUCACAGCUGCUACUGUGCCCUGCAGGGGCUAGUGGAGUCUUGCACCGGAGACUCUCUGGACAAAGAUCCCAACAUCCGGAUGAUCACUCUGUAUGACAACGAAGAGGUGGGAUCAGAAAGCGCUCAGGGAGCUCAGUCAAACCUGACGGAGCUCAUCCUCAGCCGCCUCGCUGCCUCCUCUUCUAACCUGACCGCCUUCCAACAGGCAGCGCCGCUCUCCUUCAUGAUCAGUGCUGACAUGGCACACGCUGUGCACCCCAACUACAUGGAGAAGCACGAGGAGAACCACCGCCCGUCUUUCCACAAGGGUCCAGUGAUCAAGUUCAACAGCAACCAGCGCUACGCCACUACGGCUGUCACCGCCACCAUCGUCAGAGAGGUCGCCAGCCAGGUUGGCGUGCCUCUGCAGGAUGUGAUGGUUCGUAAUGACAGCCCGUGUGGAACCACCAUUGGACCCAUCUUGGCCGCCCGCCUAGGGAUCCCUGUGAUGGACAUCGGAGCGCCGCAGCUCUCCAUGCACUCCAUCAGAGAGAUGUGCUGCACCUCCAGUGUCCUGCAGAGCACUACCCUCUUUAAGGGUUACUUCGAGCUGUUCCCUACAGUGAGGAGCAUGCUGGUUGUUGACUACAGCCAAGGAAAACAAUAACUGAUGGAAGCAAAGGAAGACAUUUUCAUCAAGCAGGUGGAAUUUACACAUCCAGGAUACAACACUUACUGAUGCAAUGAAAUAUGGGACAUCCUGACUCAUGUUCAUGUUGAAAAUGACAAAUACCUUCCUGCAAACAGUUUCUCAGUUAUGUGCCUUCAUGUUAAACCCAAGUAUUCUGUUAUUACACCACCAAUGAAAAAGAUCAUACUCAAAUAUACAUUAAAGUACACAAGCACUUCAUUUUUCUUAUGAACUGAAAUUAUUUAGAAAAUAAUAAAACAUGAAAAAGUG